AAUGUCACUUUCCUUUCCGAGCUCAAAAGCGCUCUGCGAAUUCCAUGCUUUCAAGUUUUCUCUAGUGGCUCGUAAGCUUUAGCGAUCAGUAGCAGAAAGGAUGGGUCACUCUAAUGUCUGGAACUCUCACCCCAAGAACUACGGCCCUGGUUCUCGCACCUGCCGCGUGUGUGGGAAUCCCCAUGGUAUUAUCAGGAAGUAUGGGCUCAUGUGCUGCAGACAGUGCUUCCGUAGCAAUGCUAAGGAGAUUGGAUUCAUCAAGUACCGCUGAGGAAGAGCUGGGAGCUCGUGACCCCCCUAGAAGAGCAGAAGAUAGCUCGCUUUUGUUUUAUGCAGUACAAGAUACCUCGUGUCCCACUAGACUAGCAGGAGAUAGCUCCCGUACCACUAGACCAGCAAAUGUGUUUUGCGCAAAUAUGAUUGAUUAUAAUUUUUAUGUUUGAAUUAACUAUUAAGACAAUGUUUUGGUUAGUUGAUUUGCUGUGGAACUUGGAUUGAUGUUGGAAAUGGAAUAUUUUCAAAUAA